AUGACGACAACGACAAAGCGCAUAAACAGGAAGUCACAGAAGGCGAUCCGAGCGAUCAGGUUCUGUUUUGGUUAGCUACGGCUGUCGUUUUACUGUAAGUAGUCUUUCAGACCUACACACAAACUCAAAAUGGGGAAGCGACAGCACCAAAAAGACAAAAUGUACAUCACAUGUUCAGAGUACACACAUUUUUAUGGAGGAAAGCGAGCAGUUUUGCUUUAUGUUUUUACUUUUCAGAAAUCCCACAGACAAACUUCAGACGGCUUCCAUUUGACCACUGCAGCUUGUCCCUUCAGCCGUUUGAGUAUCCUGUCUGUACUGACGAGGGAGUCGUCUUUGACCUGCUGAGCAUCGUCCCGUGGAUCAAGAAGUAUGGUACUAAUCCGACCUCUGGAGAGAAACUGGAAGCCAAGUCCCUCAUCAAACUUAACAUUGCCAAGAACAACGAUGGAAAGUAUCACUGCCCUGUUCUGUACAAUGUCUUCACAAACAAUUCUCACAUUGUUGCCAACAAGGUCACCGGCAAUGUGUUUUCUUAUGAGGCUGUUGAGCAACUCAACAUUAAGACCAAAAGUUUUAAAGAUCUGCUGACCGACGAACCCUUUACCAGAAAGGACAUUAUAACACUCCAGGACCCCACAAACCUGGAUAAAUUCAAUGUUUCCAACUUCUUCCAUGUAAAAAACAACCUAAAGGUGUUGGAUCCAGAGGAGGAAAAGGCCAAGCAGCAACCGGGGUACCACCUAAAGAGCACCAAUCUUGAGACCAGGGAGACCUUAGCUGAGCUGUACAAAGACUACAAGGGUGAUCAGCUCCUGGCUUCCACUAUGAAGGAGCCAGAGGCCAAGAAGACAGACAAAUUAAACGCUGCCCACUACUCCACAGGCAGAGUGUCCGCCUCCUUUACUUCCACGGCCAUGACUCCUGCAACAACACACGAAGCAGAGGCCAUCGCAGAUGACACUGUGCGUUACCAGUAUGUGAAGAAAAAAGGCUACGUCCGUCUGCACACAAACAAGGGGGACCUGAAUCUUGAGUUGCACUGUGAUAAGGUUCCCAAAGCUGGAGAGAAUUUCAUCCGUCUGUGUAAAAAAGGCUACUAUGAUGGGACAGUCUUCCACAGAUCCAUCCGGAAUUUCAUGAUUCAAGGAGGCGACCCCACUGGCACCGGCACAGGAGGGGAAUCUUUCUGGGGAAAACCUUUCAAGGAUGAGUUUCGGCCCAACCUCUCCCAUGCCGGCCGGGGGAUUCUCAGUAUGGCCAACUCUGGUCCCAACACCAACAAGUCCCAGUUCUUCAUCACGUUCCGGUCGUGCAUCUACCUCGACAGGAAGCACACAGUAUUUGGAAGGAUUGUUGGUGGAUUUGACACACUUACAGCCAUGGAGAAUGUGGAGAGUGAUCCCAAAUCAGACAAACCAAAGUCGGAGAUCAAGAUCAUAAGUGCAACUGUGUUCGUGGACCCGUACGAAGAGGCUGACGCUCAGAUUGCAACAGAGCGAGAAAAGGAGCAGCAGAAGCAGGAGGAGGAGAAACAACAGACCAGCAUCGCCCUGAAGAAAGCCAAGGAGGAGCAGGCGCCAAAAACCUUCAAAGCUGGUGUGGGGAAAUACAUCAACCCUGCCACAAUAAAACGUCCGGCUGCUGAAGAUGAAAGCGGGCCGUCCACCAGCGGAGGAGCAGCGGCCAAGAAGUCCAAAGGCAAGAGCAGCUUCGGAGACUUCAGCUCCUGGUAGCACCAACACAUUCAGCAUUUACCAGUCUAUAUUUUUACUGGUCGGGUUGAGAGCGAGCAAAACUAAUUUCAGUCAUACUUGUGUCUAUUUCUCAAAGUAGUGUUGUCGUCUUGUGAAAUGAGAAAUUAAAGUUACUUUUUCCAAA